AAUUUAUUACGUGCAUUGGAAAGGAAUUAUGAGAUAAAAAUAAUUUUCAUUAUUUUUGUAACCCUUGCACUGAUGUGUUCGGAAUUCAAUCUAGUCGUUUUCGAUACACACGGAAAGACACUAUGGAUGGGAAUCGAAAAAGCAUUUGGUAGUUGCUAGCGGAUAACCAGAACUCAUCCAACAGACGACUGUUUAUGAGCCAAACAUUGAUACGAAGCAUAUCAAAAUUAUAAUGUUGCAAAUGAAACAAUCAAUUAAAUUGGGUAAUGGCCAUUACUAUUGCUUGCAUCUACUAUAUUAACGCAUCGUAUGUUCCUAAUAGUCCAGCACACACACAGUGAUACAUUCAACACGGAAAUAUAAUGCAACAAAACUCAACCUUGAUGUAGGUCUUCAGCUAUCAUUUAAUUAGAUUAUUAAUUAAUAAAAUUAACCUAAGCUCAAUAAUUUCGGUAUGAAUCAUGUUAGAACAUCUGUUCUGGUACACAUUUCUUAGUAUUAUUUUAUGGUACUCAUUCUCUUUUUUCUGGAAAUGCACUACAGUUGACAAAAUGUCCUCACUCGUGAAGCGUUACCAACGGUUGUUCGCCGUAGCAACCGUUAUGUACAUACUGCCCUGUAGGUACAACUUUCGUACCCAUAUGUUUGAAAAAUCGUGGACCAACAUGGUCGCUUUAGUGUUAAAUAUUGUGCUUCACAGUUUGUGUCUGUGGUUAGACUUGAAUGCUAUUAAAAUUUCCAUCGGCUACAUGUCGUUUGUGAUGUUAGGUGUGAUAGUGAUCUACCUAGUGACAUACGCCUUAAUGCUGGUUGUAAUUAUCUGGAAUGCGUUCUACCAUCGGGACUCGUUUGUACACUUGUUUAACAGCCUAUUCGCCAAGGAAGAUUGGUUACUACAGUGGGUAGUGAUGAAAGGAAUAGUGACCAAGCUCAAUCUACAAACGCGACACAAUGGCAGCAUGGGAACGUUGGCAUUGCUGGUGAUCUUGAACAGCUUCUACAACUUUGCGUAUGCUGCAAAUUCUACCAUUUUUAAGCUCUACUGGUUAAUUUUGCUCAGAUUUUGUGGCAUGUUCGUGAUGGUGGAGCUUUACCGCGCGUGUGUGAUCGUUAUUGAGGAGCGUAUGAAGCAGUUGCAUUCUCUGCUGCAGCUCACAAUAAAUGGUCCGAAAUUAAAUGUGGAACAUCAGGUUGAGCUCUUUAUAAAACGAUUCGAGUACUACUACGAGUUGAUCGAAUGCAUCAAUCGGUGCUUUGCCAUACCCUUAAUUCACGUUCUGUUACUAAUUCUGCUCGAACGAACCGUUGCAGCUUACGAUGUAUACGAUAACUAUAAUUUACUGGAUGUUAUGUCGGUUUGGGAUAAGUUUGGGUUAUUAUUCAGACAGAUCUGGCAAAUGAUAUACCCAAUAAUCAUCUGUAUGAUCGGGAUAACUGGUAAUCUUACAUCAAUUCAGGUAAAUUAAAGGUUUUUUUUUAUCGUGAAAAGUCAUUCUGGCCUAAUUAGCCCAUAGCAGGAAAUUAUCCUUCAAGAUUCUUGACUGAUUGACGUAUCGUUACACAGUUAUGCUGAUACAUAUACAUGUGAAUAAACAAAACCCUGUCUUCUCAUAACUUAUUUACAUUGCACCCAAUAUCUAGUCGAUAAUCACCAACAUUGUGGCAUGUGGUUUAUUUCAUUCUACCAUGAAGCGUACACGACAUUCGUGAUUCGUGGUAAGGCUGUGGUCAAGUCAUCAACGAUGUCUGCCUGCGCUCGACUUAAUCGCUACACGUUCAAAAUCAUGUCAUCGGUGUAUUAUCUGCCCGUAGCCUACGAUGCAGUCGAACAUCGUUUCAUUGAAAAGCGUUCAAAUCUCAUACCGUUCGCCAUCGGGUUGCUCCUCUCGAUUGGUUUCAUAUACCAUGAUUUUUUCAUAGUGCUACCGAAUUUCAAUACUGACCAGUCAGCUUUUACACUAGCAGUGUUUAUCGUGGAACUAACCGUGUUCGCCACAGUACCAAUCUGUGUGGUGUGUAACAGCUUCGUACAUCGCAAAGAGAUCGUGCAGCUGUUGAAUAUGUUAUUUGCCGACCAAAAUGUGCUAGAUUUGGGUGGUACUUAUGGGAACAAAAGUGUCCAACCCUUUAGUAUUGCGAAUCGCUACGUGAAAGUUUUGUAUGCGAUCGUGGCAUUGAUUUGUUUUUACAAUUAUAUAAAUAUGAUACACACCAUGCAUACGUUUCUGGAGCUUACGUUGAUAUCACGGUUUCUGCUAACGACACAAUACAUAUAUCUGUACUAUCUGUGCGUCAGUAUGGUACGCUUGCGGAUGCAGCAACUGAGGGUGCUGUUUCUGGACCAUCAGCACGAGCACGAUUUCGAACAACUUCUUUGCCUCUUCUUGGAAAGAUUUCGCCAGUACAUCGCUCAGAUUGAACGGAUUAACCAAUGCUUAUCCGCACCACUGCUGGGGAUGCUUCUGCAAGCAUUGAUCGAGCUGGCAUAUUUUAUGUACGAAUGGUUCCGAGUGAUCAGUACAGGACAGGUGGUAAAUGGAAACUAUAUCAGCGUACAGCAAUGGAUCACUAGCCAGUUUUGGCAGCUGAUGUAUGGCAACGUAUUGCUACUGCUUGUGCCGUCCUGCGAACAAGCGUCAAACGAGGUAAUAAUCAUUCAACAAGUGCGGGGGCAGCCUUCCCGAUGAAAACAUAAUGAGGUGAUGUUAUAAACAGACACACGGUGAAAAACACAAUGUCCCACGCACAAGGCAAUUUGUCUAAUUGUUCAUAGAACGCAUCACACAGAACGUUUGUUACUACAACUUUUGCCGGCCAGUAGAUACAAGACCAUGCAGAUGGAAGGAACUUUGCUGUUGCUGACCCGACAAUGUCUUCGUUGUACAGACAGCACAGUCGAAUAUUUCAAAUCUCAAGGCUGCUCUACUUCACACCCUGUAGCUACAAUGAGGAGUUGGGACGCUUUGAAGCCACCAAAAGAAAUCUGGCAUUCUUGGGUGCAGCUUUGGUGCUUACGAUUCCCUUCUGGGUGUACGACAUUCAUCUCAUGGCUACCAAUUUUCUGCAUACGUACACAACCGUCUUUGCAGCGGUAGGUGGCAUCGAGCUGCUAAUAUACGUUAGUGUGGUGAUGUGCACUAUACUAAAUGUGUUGGUUAAGCGACAACGUAUCACACGGCUGAUGAAUGUGCUGUUUCGACCCGACCGAAUAUUGGAUAGCUGCAGUCCCACAAAUUCAGCAGAUACACGCUACAAUGACAACCGGAAGUUGGUAGUGUUCGUGUUGUUCAUACUAUUUGGCAUGUGUAUCAAAUUAUCCUACUUCAAAAAAGCAGAAAUAAAGAUCCUGUCGGUGAUGAUUGCGGGACGCUUUCUUGCGAUUUGGGUGUUGAUCUUCGUGCAUCGACUGCAUGUGCGAGCUAUUGGGCAGCGCAUGGAACAGCUGCGGGUUCUGUACGCAAGUGAAGAGUUGGAGCAACAUUUGGACUACUUCUUGCAUCUUUACGAUCGCUACUCGCGCCAGAUUGGCGAGGUUGACGAUUGUUACUCGUUCCCGGUAGUGCUGGUCUUUUUGUUGGUGAUGUUACAACUGAUCUAUUUGGCAGAACAUGUGUACAGCACGAUAGAAACGGGCACGAUGAUGCCGGUUGCGGACAAUUUUUUCUAUUCGUUAUUUGGCCAAGUGUGGCAAACGAUGUAUGGUGCAUUAGGGUACUAUUGUAUAUCCGCGUGUGGUACAGCAUCUGAGGAGGUAUAAUUUUACUUCAAAAUUGAUCCAAACACGAAUGUUCCCAUCAAAGUUUAUCAUUUCAAUGCGUUCUACGCUACCAUGAAACCAUUCUGUUUUCUCGUUUAACUAGGUAGAAGAGACGGCCCUCUGUACACGGCACUUUGACGAUUACCGGCUACAGAAUACACGCGCUGCCAAACAGAUACAAAAGUUUUUGCUUAAAAAUUUGCACCAGAAGAAAAAGUUCUCAGCUUGUGGGUUCUUCGACAUCGAUAAUACCGUCAUUUACAUGGUUUUCAGCUCUAUUGUAACGUACCUGGUGAUACUAAUACAAUUCAAGCAACUGGAAACCGAUUUAACACAAGCUGGAGAUGGCUACAAUGUCACAAGCAACGUGUCAACUGUUCAGCCGUAGAGAGAGAGAGGGCAAAGAGUGGCUAAACUAAAACAUUUAAACUUAACAGGAGCAACGGUUUUCAAUGUUCAAGUGUUCAGUAAUUAGCAAAAGG